ACACAGCAACAUCGAUGCUCCGUAAUGAUACAGUAAAAAAAAUACCAACCGAUAUCGAAACUCGAUAGCAUCGAUACUCUGUAAUAACACAAAUAAAAAAAGAAACAAAUUAGUCAAAUUACUAAAUUCUUAGUUACCGAAUCGCGAGCAUCAACAUCUUGAAGAUUAGCCCAAUUCCAUACACACGCCCACAGGAAGAGAACAAACGGAUACCAUGACGGGAUCGUUCAGUGUGAAGCUCAAGUCCAAAAAAGGUCAAUUCAUUGUCAACGACCUGAACGAGCACACGACGCUGGGGGAGCUGAAAACGAAAAUAGUCCAGGCCACCGACAUCCAGGCGCCCCAACUGCACGUGCUGGUGGGCUAUCCGCCCAAGCCACUGGACCUCUCGCAGCAGCAGGAGCAGCGCGACCUCAAGGCGGUCGGAAUCAACAGCGGAGAGACGCUGAUUGUCGAGGAGAAGGCUGCUCCUGCGCCAGCCGUUGUGCCUGGCGGCCCCACCAUGGAGGAUGACGAGGAGCUGGCGCGUCGUCUGCAGGCCGAGGAGGAGGCACAGCUGCUGCAGGAGACCGCAGGCGGUCCAGUCGCUCAGGCACCAGAGUUCCAACUGCCUGUGGCGCCCACGGAAAGCGGGCCGAAUGGCGACUUCAAUGGCAUCCUGCUGAAGAAGGUGGUGCCGGCGGACAACUCGUGCCUCUUCACCAGCAUCCGAUUCGUGCUCAAGGGCAAGGUGGACAACGAGGGCAGCGAAAUGAUGCGACACAUCAUUGCCCAGGAGGUGGCCGCCGAUCCGCAGAGCUACAACGACGCCGUGCUGGGCAAAUCGAAUGCCGAGUACUGCGCCUGGAUACAGAAGGCGGACUCCUGGGGCGGCGCCAUCGAGGUGUCCAUACUGUCCAACUACUAUGGCAUUGAGAUCGAUGUGGUGGACAUACAGAACGCCAUUAUCAAUCGCUUUGGCGAGGACAAGAACUUCGGACUGCGUGUCUUCCUGCUCUUCGAUGGCAUCCACUAUGAUCCACUGUACAUGGAGACAUCGUCGAGUGCUGCUCCGGCCACCAUCUUCCCCGUGGAGGAAGUGGGCGUCUAUCAGCAGGCCGAGCAGUUGGCCAACGAGGCUCAGUCCUCCCGCCAAUACACCAAUGUGGACAAAUUCACGCUUCGCUGCAUGCAAUGCGAUGUUAGGCUGGUCGGCCAGGUGCAGGCCCAGGAGCAUGCCAAGCAAACCGGACACAAGAGCUUUGGAGAGAUUUAAUACGUCCUGAUCUUCGGCACCGUCUACAUUGUGGCUUUCAUGCUGUUCGCCUACUACCUGCUCACCACCUAGCCACAAUCGCCGUGCGAGGAGUCAUCUCAUAAGCAGUACUACCUCCACAUCACCGCCUACCUAAGUUAUUGAUUAUUGUGCCCAGCCGCCUGUAUUCAUGUUAGUCCCCAUUAAAGCCCUUUCGGAAUGCAAUAAAGAAUACACCUUCAUCUACACUAGACAA